CGGGUAUCUUCGAUUGUAUUGUUAUCGGGCUCAAUGCUCAUCUAUCGUAAAUAUACAGUAAUAACAGUCAACGAAAAGGAGUAGGAGUAAUAACCGAGAACACCCGAGGUACACUCGUUUGCUGGGACAAUUUUAGUGUGAUUGCUCAAUCGUUUACACGUACACUAUUUUUAAUUUAUUGCUUGCAUAAAUAAAAUUGAAUAAUAUUGAGUUAUUGUCAAAUUUUCUAAUUUCAUACAUAUAUAUAUAAUAAUAAUACAAAUUAAAAUUUAUACACUUGUCUGUGACGUGAUAACCUAAAAAGUACUUCAAUUAUUUAUUAUUUUAUCAGCUUUUCCAAAACAAUAUACAAAUAUUGUAACAGUAAAAACUGUUUGUAGAAUGAUUAAUUCAUCGGAUCCACGACGUCCCGAUAAAGAAAUUCGAUACAAGCCAUCAGUAGUAAAUAGCCAGGUUCAACCAGGUGAUGAUUUAACACCAGAUUACAUGAAUAUUUUAGGAAUGAUAUUUAGUAUGUGCGGACUUAUGAUGAGACUAAAAUGGUGUGCAUGGGUUGCAUUGUAUUGUUCUUGCAUCAGUUUUGCAAAUUCACGAGUUAGUGAUGAUACCAAACAAAUUUUAAGCAGUUUUAUGUUAUCUAUAUCCGCUGUAGUGAUGUCAUAUUUACAAAAUCCACAACCUAUGACACCACCAUGGGCUUCUGUAAUCCAAUGAAAUUAUUAUUAGGUAUGGAAAUUAAUUUGAUCAAAUUAAAAGCAGUCAUUGUUUUCAUGAAGGAAAAGUCGAAAGAAUAAAUUUUGCAAAUAAAGUUUUUCAAUAAUU